AUUAUGUCUUCAAUUUUUGGUCGCUCUCGAUAGUUUUAUGUCAAAUUAGGAUUAACGACAUUGGAAAUAUGUCUCAGCUUGUUUGGUUGUUCCAGUAUCUACUCCUCGUAGUGGCGGUUAGGGCUGUUCACGUGAUUUCCGGGGAGGAGCGCGCA